AUGCAGUUAGCUCGCUGUCAGCGACGUGCAACAAACAUGUCGUACGGAUUAUUGCUUCGUAUUCACUGUUCGACCUGUUGAACAGCGAGCAACUUGCUACCUGACCUCCAAGCCCAGAGCAUGGCGCACAUGGUGGACACAUCUAGCCGCAUGCUGCACUUGCAAGCAAAUGGCUUAGAUGGCACCCGCAUCGACUUGACCGUGCCUGAGUCCAUGUCUGGCGGCGAGCUGUCAGAGCUCCUCUACUGCAGGCAGCCCAAGCGUGGCGCUACCCUGCUGCUUGUCAAAGACAAGGAGCUGUCGUCCAGCCAAACGCUCUUGGAGCAGGGCUUGAAGGACUGCCCUGCAGUGACCUUCCUUUACAAGCCAGCCAGCUUGCAGCAAGCCUGGCUGGCGUUGACAGGCCCUGAGCCUGAAUCCAACGCACAAGUGUUGCAGGGAAUAACCCAGCUCCACUUCAAUCGAGAUGAUGCCAGCUGCCUCACAGGUUUGAGACUACCAUGCAGCCUCCAGAGCCUGUCCUUCGGUGACACUUUUAAUCAAAGCCUGGAGGGUGUUACAUUUCCAAGCAGCCUCACAAGCUUGAAGUUUGGUCAUGAUUUCGAUCAGAGACUGGAGAAAGUUCGCUUUCCCUGUGACCUGGAAAGCUUGACCUUGGGCUGGCGCUUUAAUCAGACCCUCAGUGAUGUGCACCUCCCUUUGCAUCUUCAAACGUUGACUAUAAGCGGCCUUUUCAGUCAGAGCUUGGAGCAUGUGAAGUUUCCUUGCAGUCUCCGCGACUUGACCAUCCAGGGUUCUUUCAGCGAAGGAGAGCUUCGCAUGCACCUGCCUCCAAAGCUCAAACGUUUGCAUUUCGGCAAUCGGGUCAACCAGAGCUUGCAGCACUUGGAUCUUCCAGAUGGCCUCGAAAACUUGACCAUCUCAGGUGCUUUCAACCACAGCUUGGUGGGUGUGAAGCUUCCCAGCAGCCUUCAAAGCUUGAGCUUUGGUGACUGCUACGACCAGAGCUUGGAGGGAGUGGAUCUCCCAAGCAGCCUUCGCACCUUGAUCUUCGGGGAUGGGUAUAACCAAAACCUGGACAAGGUUAUGCUUCCCAAGUCCCUGCAAAGCUUGACCUUUGGAUGGCGCUUCGACCAGCCCUUGGACAAGUGCAAGUUGCCAGACAACCUGCAGAACUUGGCCUUUGGAGCCGACUUCAACCAGAGCUUAGAGCACGUGGCUUUGCCAAGCCUUAGGACCCUGACUUUCGGCGAUGCAUUCAACCAAUGCCUGGGGCCUGUCAUUUUUCCCGCUGGCUUGCAAUGCCUGAAGUUCGGCUUCAACUACAACCAGAGCUUAGAGGAGGUGAUUUUCCCCAACAGCCUACUGAGCUUGACCUUUGGACGUCGAUUCAACCAGAGCUUGGUGGGUGUGAACCUCCCUUGCAACCUGCGGCACCUGGAGUUCGGCUUUGAAUUCAACCAUUGCAUGGCUCAAGUGGUGCUCCCCUGCGCGCUUUCGACUCUGACCUUUGGAUGGCGCUUCAACCAGCCCUUGGAUUGCCUGGCGUUCCCCGAGGGCCUUAGGAGUCUCACAUUCGGCGUGGACUUCAACCAGUCCUUGGAGAACACGCGUUUUCCGCUAAGCCUCGAAAACUUGAAGUUUGGAGUGAAGUUCAACAAGAGUUUGGCGCAUGUGGCUCUUCCGGGCAAGCUUCGACACUUGGCCUUCAGCGACUGCUACAAUCAAAGCCUGGAGCAAGUGAUACUUCCUGGAAGCCUUCAGACCCUAACUUUCGGUGCAUGCUUUGAUCAGAGCCUGGAGAAUGUGAACCUCCCGGGUGACCUGCAGAGCCUCACCUUCGGUGCCUACUACAAUCAGCCUUUGGAAAGCACAAGCUUGCCAGGCAACCUUCGGAAUCUGAAUUUUGGCGAGUAUUAUGACCAAAGCUUGCAGGGGGUGAACUUGCCGGACGGCUUGCAUAGCUUGACCUUCGGCGAGUACUAUGGUCAGAGGUUGAACAAUGUGACCCUUCCCAACUCCCUGCACACGCUGGCAUUUGGAGGGGCAUUCAACCAGAGCUUGGAAGGAGUAAUGUUUCCGAGUGGCCUUCAAUCCCUAAUUCUUGGCGAAGCUUUCAAUCAGAGCUUCUGCCAUGUAAAUCUACCAAGUACAAUACGACACCUCAAGCAUGGGAGUGUUCUGCUCAGCUGCCAGUGAUUCUCCGUCUUUCUGUGGGCAAAGA